AUGGCUCCCACGGUCCUCUUCACACUGCUUCUCUGCAGUGUCCUGACUGCUGGACACGUUUGGGCAAAAGUAGUGGACGAUUUCUCGGACGACUGCUGUGCUGAGUUCUUCUACAACGGCACAGCUCCUCGAGGCAUAGAGGACCAGACUCUCAGGAGGAUCUGCCAGCAGCUGGAGGUGAAAGGGAAUCUCGCCAGCUUCUACGCCACGCUCUACUCCCCGGCACACAGGAUACCCAUCUACAGCGCUUACAAGUUUAACCCCUUCUGCACCCACCGCCAGGACGGAGGACCGCGCAGCUGGUUCAUGGAGCCCCAGCUUUAUCAGAGGAACUUAUCAGCUGCGAUGGCAUACGCCUCAUCGGAGGACGAGGAGGUGUGGCGAAAUGUGCAGGCGGCGAACGCUGACUACAGCCUGACCGGCUUCGCCAGAGCGCAGCUGAGCCCGAGCAGUGUCCAGUGCGGCCUGGUCGCGCGCAGGGCCACCUUCACCCUCACCAACGCGGCACCUGUGCACCCCACCUUCCUGCGUCUGCACUGGAGCCAAUGGGAGGAGGGUGUGAGCCGGGUACUGCAACACCUGCGGCACGGCACCGCUUACCUGGUGACGGGCACCGUCCCGUCUGCCACUGACGCGAUACCCAAACGAACUGCGUUCGACGACGGCCCGGAGAACGACUUCAACAGGGUGAGCGUGCCCACUCACCUGUGGACGGCGGUGUGUUACAGGGACCGCGACGAUGACCAGAGGUCCUUCUCUUUUGCAUACAUUGGGGAAAACAGGCCCGACGGUGAUAUAAGACUGAUGAGCGUGGCAGAGCUUAACGGCGCGCUGUCCGAUCUCUACCACUCGGCCUCUCAGGUGCAGGUCUUCAGCGGCGACGGCUGUCUCAACAUCGACCGUCCUUCAACAUUGAGCGUUUUCAAACAGCUGUACGCCAGCAUCCGGAUGCCCGUGACCGACACGUUGUCCAUGUCGGACGACGUGGUAAACGUGCUCCAUGCGGCCACGAUGAUGACGUUUGAUUACCAUGGUAACGACUACAGUAAGCAGCUCAGUGAGCCCCUGGAGAGACCAAAGCUCGCCCAGGUGACGGUGCUGAGGUCCUUCAGCAGCCUGGAGGCGUGGUUCAGGAGCUCCGAGCUGAUGAAGUUCAUGUUUGGGACGGCCUGUGUUCAGUCGCGGCCCUUUACUGGGCCCAUCAGGACCAGUCCUGAUGCUGACUGGCUGAAGGCGCAGAAAGGCUCAACUCUGACAGCGGAUGAUGAUAAUCUGGCCAAACAGAAAGCUCUGACGACGGAUGAUUCUCUGGCCACACUGAAAGGGUUAACUCUCAGUGCAGACGCUGAUGCUGAGGGGCUCGUGUGUGUCCUGACGCCAGACCAAACCCCCGGCUGCCUGAGCUCCUGUCGUUACCAGGAGGAGGCCAGGGGUUACUACUGCAGCAGUGGAGCCACCCCCAUCCCCUGCUCUCCUCUCUACUCCCUGGUCACCACCGGCGGGGCCCAGUGCAGGAGUGGCCACACCUGUGGGACGCACGGCUACAGCUACUACUGGUGCUACACGGCCUCCUCGUGGGACUACUGCAGCCCCCCGUUACCCCUGGGGGUCACCCGCGGCGGGCAGUACUGCCGCUCCAACCACAACUGCGGCUGGUACGGCUACCCCCACACCUGGUGCUACACGGACUACGACGACAACUGGGGCUACUGCUGCCGCUCCAAGGACCGCUUCUCUGCCCUCAACGGCAAGACCUGCCAGGCUCAGCAUCCCUGCGGUCACUAUGGUUACGGUUACCUCUGGUGCCGCACCACGGACGGAUCCUGGGAAUACUGCUGCACCCAGUGA